CUGAUGGUGAUCGUCGAAACCGAGUGCUGGGCGGCGAGGUUGGGUUCGUGACGUGGUUUUCGAGUUGACAGGAAGAUGGUGUCUGCAGGUUUCAACACGGUCGGGCUGAGAAGAAUGUUAAGUUCUGUCACUACUGGUGAAACGACCUAGUGGACGCACGAGAGACGCAACUAUAUUAUCUCAUGACGUUAAUGCUGAAACGCCUGACUUCUCACAAGGGCAUCUGGUACGUCAUUCGCGAUGUUACUGCUCAUGCUCACGAGGUCUGGCAGCCGAGCCGUUACCGCUUACUGGUACCACAUUGUUCACUGUGAGCUAUCACUGUCUGUGACCCAGAACGUGAGCAUUCACAGAUGGCUCACACCUCUCUGCGUGCGGGAUUCUCUUUGUUUAUUACCCAGUAUACGUGGACAUAGAGACACACAGCUAAGCAUGACUGCUCUUUCCGAGCCAAAGCAGCAGGUACUCACCAAGGCCUUAUUCGAGGAAAUGAUGCCUACGGAUUCGUGUGCCAUUGAAGAUUACUUCGCCGAUGUGCAACAUGAAGGCGGAAACUGUUCGAGCCUAGUCAAAAUGCUACCCAACAGUGGUGUUGCACAAUCAAUCGAGUUGCUGCCGCAAGGACACACAUUACUCACCAUUGCGGUUGAAUUACGCCUGCACAUAGUCCGCCUAGCUUUGGAAGCAGAGAAGCGGGAUUACUGGGCAUACGCCGUAGCGCAGGAUGAGAUUGAGGAGGAAAGCGAAGCAGGCCAUCAGUGGCAUUAUAUCAAAGGCAUUCACAAACCCUACCUCGGCGCCGUGACUAUCUCCCAAGAUAGGGUGUAUCUGUCAGCUCAUCCGCUCCUCUCGGUCUGUCGGAAACUGCGCACGGAAGUCAGUCCGACCUAUACUAGGUCGCGCAUGGCGCAGGUCAAAAGUCUCUCUAUAAUGCAUCACGCUUUGCAUCGCAUGCCUGAGCUCGCUCUCUGGCUUCGGCAUCUCCACAUUGGCGUGCUGCCAGAAACGUACAACAAGUCUAGCCAGCAGGUCGACCUCAAGCUCCCAAGGCUGCAAACGCGCAUGCGAUGGAUACGACAGGCUCUAUCGAUAGGUAUUCUGCACCGACUUCCGAGAGUCGAGCAUGUCAUCAUUAACAUCGGACCGUGCCAUUGGAAGCUGGACGUUGAUCUGCGCAUCAAGCAAGUCAUGGGGCGGAUAGAGGCGACGAAUCACCCAAGAUUAGAGGUCGUGGAGAUCAGGAUGAUGGCGACGGGCGUCCACGUGAGGAGUGUUGUCCUUGCUAUGCACUAUCAGCCGACAGAUAAUGGUAGAUGGCAGCUGCAGGAAUUCAGAGAGCUAAGGUCCGACGACUGGGAUGAUGAAGAAAGGCCAACGUGCGUAAAUGCUGAUGUGGAGAAGAGUGCACCUAGUAGGUUUUACAAGUGGUGGCAGUAUCUCGGUCUGUUGUGGAGGCGCAUGACCGUUUGGAUUUGCUUCCGUAACGGCUGAGCAAGCAAUUUUAUGCAUCGAGGGCUUGGUUUGCAGCAGGUACUAACAGAGGCAAACUAAAGGCCUACCCUCCGGAAGCCGGCAUCAAAGGCUCAUAUCUUCACCGGGCGCUCAUAACACUGGGCUCAUAAGCAGUGUUCCUCUUUCCGGCCAACAUACCUACACAAUCCGUGUAAAGCAAUGCCGUAUAAUCUAUUCACCAAAUCAAUAGACUGCAACGGCAACGGUGUCACAUCUGCGUUGUGUCCGAGUGUACAAGAGCGAAGAUAUAUUACAGACAAGCAUACUGUAUAGCGCUGUUCAACU